AUGGCGCCAUCGACAGACUCGUCCACGUCGUCGGGCACAUCAGAGCCUGUAACACCGCCGUUCAACCGCAACGCUUCAUGGGCACCCACUCGCAGCACCCCUGAUAAGGCGGCCUCAUCAGGCAGCCUCACACCCUCUUCGCUGAGCAAGCGCUUUGCAUCAUUCACACGUUCCGCCGGCAAGUCUGCCUCGUCUGGCUCGCUCUCCGGCGGCGCCACGCCUCUCGGCACUACGCCGGUCGACGAGACCACGGAGCGCAUGUCGAAGCUCGAUACGAAGAAUGCCGCUGGAACACUCGCACCGAUCAACGCAAGCACAUCAUCGCUACACGCUCCUUCAGCACCCGCAUCGCGACGAGGGAGCUUCAAGUCGGAUGGAGAGGACGUCUUUUCCGCAUCGCGAACGACCAAAGCGGAGGUGAUGGAGGAUUCGCCCUUGCAGCGCAUCCUGGCCAGCCCGCAUGCGCAGCCGCUUCCCGGACACCCAGGCAACUUGACGGCGGCCCAGACCGAGGCGCUGCACCAGCUAACGUCGUUGCUCAAGCAAGACGGCGCACUGAAUGAUCCCGAGAGCCAACCGCCGUCGUACCAGGAGACGCAGCUGCUGCGCUUCCUGCGCGCACGAAGUUUCAACGUCGCCGCCGCGCGGACGAUGUACCUCAAAGCCGAGGCGUGGAAGAAAGAAGUCCAACUGGACAAGUUGGUGAAGGACUUCCACUUUACCGAGCGCGACGAGGUAGCUUCGCACGGCUGGUGCAUGUACUUCCACGGCACGGAUCGUCUUGGUCGCCCCAUCUUCGUCCAAGACCUCGGUAACAUGGAUUGCACCGCCGUCUUCAAGAAGACCACUCCCGAGAGGGUGAUCCACAACUUUGCCGUGACACUCGAACUUGCCGUUCGUCAUCGCUACGAAGCGUGCUCCGUCGCCUCCGGUCGAUGGGUAGAUGACAACAUGAUGGUUGUCAACCUCGCCGGUUUGGGCCUGGGCACCUUUUGGUCCAUGAAAGGUCAGCUCCAACAACUGCUCUUCAUCCUGGACAACAAUUUCCCGGAACUCAGCGGAAGGGUGCAGAUCAUCAAUGCACCGUACAUGUUCAGUACGAUUUGGAGCUGGAUCAAAGGUUGGCUGCCAACGGCGACGGUGGAGAAGAUCGAUAUCGCCGGCGCAGACUAUCACGAGAGAAUCUGGGAGUAUGUCAGGAAGGAGGAUUGGCCAAAGAGUUUGGGUGGAGAGUGCGAGUGUCAAGGAGGGUGCAGGAAUAGUGAUGUUGGACCGUGGGAUCGACGGUUGGUGCGCACGGCCGAGGCGUGA